ACCGCCAUUUCCAUCCCUGGACACAUCAUGUUCGGGAUCAAGGAAGUCGACCCGGCCAUUGCUGCAAUCCCCUCGGACGAAAAGCAUGCACUCGGAAAGGCCACAGCGACCACUGCCUGGGAUAUGGUAAAUGCUCUGCUGGCUGCCUCUGCCCUCCUCAACAUUCAAUGGUCGAGACCGGGAGUCCGGACUCUGGAAGAAAAGGCUAUCAUUGCGGCUACGGUUCUGGCGGGCACAUUGACGGGUUGGAGGUACUUCAAGGUGCGCUCCUACGUUGGAUUGGGUUGCCUGUGGAUUGCUCCUUGGCUUACUGCGGGAGCUGUGAUCUACCAACGACUUGAGAAGGCAUAA